AUGUGGGACAUUAUUUCACCACUCUUUAAAGGAAUUCACGGAGAACUUACUGAUGAAUUAAAAUAUCUAAAAAUUAAGCAUGAGAUUAAAGAUAGUCGUGAACUUAUUGAAAGGCUAGCCGCGAAAGCUAAACUUGACCCCUUAAGUGUAGAAUUUUCCCAACAUCUUGACAAACAUGACAAAUUGAGCCACCUGAGAGAUGAAUUUAACAUUCCUAAAUCGCGUGAUGUUAUUCCAAAAGAUGUUGUGUCAUUGAAUCCUAAUGAAUCUAGCAUAUAUUUUUGCGGUAACUCUCUUGGGCCAAUGCCAAAGCGUGUAAAAGAAUUGGUGAACCAAGAGCUUGAUGUUGGUGUAAAUGGUCAUUUCACACAUCCGUACAAUCGUCCAUGGUUAUCUAUUGAAGAUACCGUAGUAGAAAAAACUGCAGAGGUUGUUGGUUUCCAAGUAUCUAAUCCUUCAGUAUUGAAUACAGUUUCACUUCUUGCAAGUCUCGAGGUGUUCUCAAAAACCAGUAUGGUCCAACUUCGAUCAAAAUCAAUUCUCCUCACUGGUUAUUUAGAAUAUCUUUUGGUCAAGCAACUUAAUGGUUUAGGAUACAAAAUUAUCACGCCACAUGAUCCUCAUCAACGCGGCUGUCAGAUUUCUCUCGUGUUUGAUGAGGAUAAAUUAGAUAAAGUGGUUAAAGGACUACUGAGCCACGGUGCAGUUGUUGACGAAAGAAGUCCUGAUUGUAUCAGAAUUGCACCUAAUCCUAUGUACAAUAGUUUUUCUGAAGUAUUUAGAUUUGUCAAAGCUUUAAAAACUACUAUGGGAGAUUUGGGAUUUAAAUUUGAGGCUAAAAAGUAA